AUGGAAGAAGAUCAUAAAGAAGAGCAUUUUACCGUUGCCGUAAGGGUCCGACCAUUUGUGGCAAGAGAACUGGAAGGUGCAGCUCAAAGUGGCUGGGAAAUCCCAGGCCCCACUUCUAUAAAAGAAGCGUCUGGAGAAAGAAUGUUCAUAUAUGACAAUGUUUUUGACCAAAAUACAAGCACACAGAUUUUAUAUGAAGAAAUAUGUGAAAAAGUCAUAUGGAAAGCUUUACAAGGCUACAAUGGGUGCAUCUUCUGUUACGGACAAACUGGAAGCGGCAAAACUUUCACCAUGCAAGGGUCUCGAAAAGACAACCCAGGGAUCGUCCCAUUAGCAAUUGAUACAAUAUUCACUUAUAUCCAGCAGACUCCUGAUAAGAGUUUCUUACUUAGAUGUUCCUAUUUAGAAGUCUACAAUGAGUGUGUAAACGAUCUAUUGAACCCUAAUCUUUUAAAUCUUCAAAUACAAGAAGAUAAGCAGGUAUCUUUUAACUAGAGUGGUGUAAAAGUAGCAGGGGCAACAGAAACAGUCUGCACGUCUGUCAACCAGGUAAAUUCUUUGCUUUAUAUGGGAGAAACACAUAAGCAAAUAGCUAGCACAAAUUUUAAUAUGAGGAGCUCAAGGUCACAUACGAUUUUUAGGAUGAUUAUUGAGUCCAAAAAUAGAGAAUAUGGGAAUGCUGAUUUAAAUGUGGCGACGCUAAAUUUGAUAGAUCUAGCAGGCAGUGAAGGGGCUAAUGUGCAUGGGACUGCAGCUUCAAUACAUAGGACUAGAGAAAUGAGCUUUAUUAACAAGGUAAAAAAUAUAUAGAGUCUGCUUACCCUUUCAACUGUAAUUAUGAGGCUAAGUGACAAAACAAAUAAUGCUCCUAUACCGUAUAGAGAUAGUAAACUAACAAGGCUGCUUCAGCCAUCACUUGAUGGAGAAUCCAAAGUCGUGAUUAUUUGUAAUAUUUCUCCAAGCCUAGAUGCCUAUGAAGAAUCUUUAUCUACCCUUAAAUUCGCCCAGAGAGCUAAAAAAAUCAAACAAGUGAUCGUGAAAAAUGAAGUGAUUGACAGCAAAGCGCUUAUAACAAAAUAUGAAGCUGAAAUAAAAACCCUACAAGAAAAACUGAGAGAAAUGGAAAUUAAGCUAGCUGAGGAAGCAGGUAACCAAGGAUAUAAAGAAGCAAUGAUCAAAAUGGAAAUGAAACUUCAUACAAUCCAAGAAGAAAAAGACCAACUGGACUCAAAAAUGGAAAAUCUAGUCCAGGAGAAGCUUGAGCUACAAAGUGAGCUGGAAAGGCUGAGGUCGAUGAUUUUAGUUUCAGAAAAUGUCAGAUUAAAUACAGAAAGUGAAAUUUUCACAGAAAAUAACUCAAAGCUAAAUGAUAGAAGAAGAGUCCGUUUAAGUGUAAUGAGAGAUAGCACCCCAGGAAGCCGACAAUCAAUAGCCAGAAUUUCUUAUAAGCCUUCAGAAAUCUUAUUUAAAUCAAAUAAUGAUGGCUUAAGAAAGUUCCCAACUGUUGAUGAAAGCAAAGUUCCUGACAUUUCAGAUUCAGGUGAGUUUAGAGAAACAAUGCUGCUUGAUAAGCUUGAUAAUUUAAAAGAACUGUUAGAAAGUGAAGAACCUUUAGAAAGAAUGUCAAUGAUGCUGACUCCACAAGAAAUCGAAGAAGCAAGGGAUUCUAUAAGACAGUCAGAUGCCCAGGAAAAUAAAGAAGCCCCGAAAAUUGAUUUUAUGGCAAUUAUUCAAGAACAAGAUGGGCUGAUACAGAAUUUUCAAAAUAUAAUUGAAGAAAAAGAUGAACAAAUUGCACUGCUUAAGGAUGAGCUAGAGCUAUGUAGAGGUAAUCUUGCAAGAAUUCAAAAACAGCUUAAACAAAUGAAAACUAAAUAA